AUGACCAUUUCCUCCGUGCAGACCCUCCUGCCGGGGCGGUAUGCGAUCAAUGCAAACGAGAAGCGCGCCGAGAAACCUCCACCCAAGACCUACAGUGUUCAAGAGUUCCCUUUCAAGGGCUACCAACCUCCGCUGUCGGACGGCUUUGAGAAGAGCCGCGCCCGUCCCGACACCAGUGCCAUCGUCAUUGACAAUGGCUCCCAUCACGUCAAGGCCGGCUGGUCUUUCGACCAGAACCCACGAUUCGUCCAGCCUCCCAUCAUGAGCCGUUACCGCGAUCGCAAGCUGGGCCGCCAGUGCCAGUUUAUCGGAUAUGAUGCCUACGCCGAUGCGACGACCCGCGGCCAAAUCCGCUAUGGAUUCGAUCCGGGAUCCAGCGUUGUCGGCAACUGGGAUGUGAUGGAAGGUGUUCUGGACUAUGUGUUCCUCAAGCUGGGAGUGGACGGUGCCAAUGGCAGCGUUGACAGGCCAAUUGUCAUGACUGAGCCGGUUGCGAAUCUCGGAUACCCGAGAAAGAUGAUGAACGAGAUUCUUUUCGAGUGUUACGGUGCACCCUCCGUCGCCUACGGUAUUGACUCGCUUUUCGCCUACCGCUAUAACAAGGGGACGGAUGGAUUGAUUGUGUCUUCCUCGCACACCUCUACACAUGUCAUCCCCGUGCUCAACUCGAAGCCGCUUCUCUCGAACUGCUCGAGACUGAACUGGGGCGGCCUCAACAAUGCCGAGUACCUGAUGAAGCUGCUGAAGUUGAAAUACCCUACAUUUCCAGCGCGCCUGACCGACUAUCAGAUGGAGCAAUUGGUGCACCAGCACUGCUAUGUCUCGCAAGACUACGACCGCGAGCUGGCCGGAUACCUGGAUUGGACCGGACUCGAAGACCGAGAUCAUGUCAUCCAGUACCCCUUCACCGAGCACAUCGUGCAGGAAAAGACGGAGGAGGAGCUGGCUCGGAUUGCCGAGCGCAAGAAGGAGAGCGGCCGUCGUCUGCAAGAGCAAGCGGCCAAGAUGCGGCUUGAGAAGCUGGUGAAGAAGGAGCAAGAACUGGAAUACUGGAAGGAUCUGCAAAAUCGCCUGGCAUCGGAAACGAAGAAGGAAAUCCGCCGGGUGUUGGAGUCGGAAGAUCUCAAGGACGAGGUUCAUCUGGAACGCAUGAUCCGCGACUUGGAGAAGUCCAUCAAGCGUUCGCGCAACAAAGACCUCGGUAUCGAGGAGAAUGAGGAACAGCAGGAGGAGAUGACGUUCCCCAUGCUUGAUAUCCCGGAUGAGGAACUUGAUGAGGCUGGACUGAAAGAGAAGCGGCACCAACGUCUCAUGAAAUCCAACGUCGAGGCCCGAGCUCGUGCCAAGGCUGAGAAGGAGCGUGAGAAAGCCCGACGAGAGGAAGAAGAACGUGCCGACCGCGAGAAGCGCGAGAACCAUUUCGAAGACUGGAUUGAGGAACGACGUACAAACCGUCAGACUAUUCUCCAAAGAAUCAAGGACCGGGACCGCUUCAAGGCCGACCUCGGUAACCGCAAGUCUCUUGCCAGCCAGAUGCGUAUGAAGACCUUGGCCAACCUCGCCUCCGAUGGCCCGAAGAAGCGUCGCCGCGGCGGAGACGAUGAUGACUUUGGCGCCAACGACGAGGACUGGGGUGUUUAUCGAACCGUCGCCAAAGAUGAACAAAGUGACGAGGAAGAGGAGGAGGAUCUGGGCGGCAUGCUCAACGAGGUCGAGCAAGAGUUGCUCGAGCACGACCCCGAGUUUACUGAGAAUCACACAUUGGCGGCACAGUCCGACUGGACCAAGAGCUUGGUGCAUGCUUUCCUGCGUGGCCCGUGGCCAUUUGACCCGGAGAGCCAGCGCGAGGCACAUCAGAUCCACCUGAACGUGGAGCGGAUUCGUGUGCCAGAGGUCGUUUUCAAGCCAUCCAUCGCAGGCGUGGACCAAGCCGGUCUGAUCGAGAUCGCGGCCGAUAUCGUCAACCAACGGUUCUCCAGCACGCAGGACCGCAACCGCCUGCUGAAGGACGUCUUCCUGACAGGCGGCAACACCCUCUUCCAAGGCUUCGAAGACCGGUUCCGCACCGAGCUCCGCGGAGUUUUGCCCAUGGAUGCAGACUUGUUCGUGCGCCGGGCCGCGGAUCCCGUGAUGGAUGCGUGGAAGGGUGCGGCGCAGUGGGCUUCGGGAGGCGACUUGGGCCGGGCAUCCGUGUCGCGGCAAGAGUACAUGGAGAAGGGCAGCGAGUAUAUGAAGGAGCACGAUCUGGGCAACGUUACAUGGUGA